AUGCCGCCUCCAUGUGGAGAAAUAAACGCGCGCGUCCUGUCUCAACGCCUUCCGUAUAAAUAGACCCGCGAGUUGGGAUCGGGUCUCGCGAUCUAGGCGUUUCGUUUGGCUCCGCUGCGAGCUCGAAUCGCGUGAUCGAUCGAGCGGCCGGCGGCGGAAGAAUCGGGUCGAGAUCAGGCAGGCAGGCAGCCCGGAGGGGAGGAGAUGGCGCAGGGGACGCUGGAGGUGCUGCUCGUCGGAGCCAAGGGCCUCGAGAACACCGAUUACCUGAGUAACAUGGAUCCCUACGCGGUUCUGAAAUGCCGCUCCCAGGAGCAGAAGAGCAGCGUUGCAUCUGGGAAAGGAAGUGAUCCUGAAUGGAACGAGACCUUUGUGUUCACCGUCUCCGACAGCACAACGGAGCUAUUCAUCAAGCUCCUGGACAGUGAUGGUGGCACGGAUGACGACUUUGUUGGUGAAGCAACGGUUCCUCUGGAAGCAGUUUUUACAGAAGGAAGCAUCCCUCCAACUGUUUACAAUGUUGUGAAAGACGAAGAAUAUCGCGGGGAAAUCAAAAUUGGUCUCACCUUCACUCCAGAGGAUUCUCGUGACCAGGGUUUCUGAGAGCCAGUCUUCAAAAGAAGCACAUUCCAUGAUGUUUUACCACAAUCUGAAAUGUCUGCGACUUGUUACUCUAAAACGAGACCCCGUAUUGUUGGCUUGUUGUGUACUGAAAGUAUGUAAUAAUGCUGUUGGCCACUUGUAUGAACUACGGCUGAAUCCCGCUCUCGAUGUUCAUCAGUUAACCUGUCGUAAUUCCAA